AUGUCUUCACAGCCAGAUACAGCCGCGGGUGUCCCAAGCGCACUUCUGCUUCCGCUACAGCUCCUGCCCAUGGGACCCAACUACGGCGCUCUUCUUGUGGGCACAUUCUUGAGUCUGAUCUUGUAUGGCGUAGAACUACACCAAGUGUAUAGGUACAUCCGUUUAUAUGGCCGUGACCAUGUUUUCCUCAAGUGCUACGUUGGGUUCCUAUUCAUUCUCGACACUUUUCAUACUACCAUCUGCGUACAUUCGAUUUAUUGGUAUCUCGUCGUGAACUAUUUCGAUCCUAUCAAGCUCGAAACACCUGUAUGGUCGCUCAAUCUGCAGGGGUGCACUAUGGCAGCGGUGAUCGUCACUUGUCAAACAUUCUAUGCGCGACGCGUAUACCUACUGGACAGGAGGUUGAGGCCCUUGGUGGCGGUUUUGGCUGCGGUGCAGCCUUCACCGCUGAAGGGUCAGCCCCUUGACCUCACAUCGAUCAUGUCUGACCAGUCGCGCUGUUUUCCCGUUAGGUUUAUCCUCGGGAACCUCACCACACUCAGACAGCUCACAUGGUUACAAUCCGCAGGCCUUGGACUUGUCAUAACUGUUGAUGUUGCGUCAACUUCUGUGCUUACCGCGUCUCUCCACCGGUCCCGAACCGGAUUCAAAGGAACGGACAACAUGAUCGACGUCCUUAUUGCAUAUGCUCUCUACACUGGUUUCCUUACCAACUUUGCCGCUAUUGCCUGCCUGAGCUUGGAUCGGGCCGCUCCUGGCAAGAUGCUUUUCAUCGCGGCUGAUACGAUAUACGCGAAAGGUUAG